CUCCCCGCGGGGUGCGGGGUAGUUUUCCGCGCGGCCGCCAGGCUUCACCAUGCUGCGGGGCUAGAGCCGCCGAGGCGCCGCCGCAGCGCAGCGGGGUAAUAAUGUUAACAGAGACCAGUCUUUCCAUAUGGGGAUGGGGAAGUCUUGGCCUUGUGCUUUUUCUAGUAACUUUUGGACCCUUCGCUAUAUUUUACUUUGCAUUUUAUAUCCUCUGCUUUGUGGGUGGGGGUUUUGUGGUUACUCUUUUAUUUGGAAAAAGCAAUUCAGAAAAAUACCUUGAGCAGUGUGAACAUUCAUUUCUCCCUUGUACAUCGGUUGGGAUCCCUAAGUGCAUAGAAGAAAUGAAACGUGAAGCCAGACCUAUUAAGAUUGACAGAAGACUGACAGGUGCGAAUAUAAUUGAUGAGCCUUUACAACAGGUAAUCCAGUUUUCCCUGAGAGACUAUGUGCAGUAUUGGUAUUACACACUAAGUGAUGAUGAAUCCUUUCUUCUGGAAAUUAGGCAGGCUCUUCAGUAUGCUCUUGUUCAGUUUUCUGCCAGGUCAAAGGAAACAGACUGGCAGCCUUAUUUCACUACACGACUUGUUGAUGACUUUGGCACUCAUCUUCGAGUUUUCAGAAAAGCUCAGCAAAGGAUAGCAGAGAAAGGCAAUCAGAUGAAAGAUCAAGCUGAGGAACUUGUAGAUACAUUCUUUGAGGUUGAAGUUGAAAUGGAAAAAGAAGUCUGUCGUGAUCUAGUCUGCACUUCUCCCAAAGAUGAAGAAGGAUUCCUAAGGGAUCUGUGUGAGGUUUUACUGUAUAUAUUGCUACCUCCUGGAGACUUCCAGAAUAAGAUCAUGCGAUACUUUGUCAGGGAAAUCCUCUCCCGAGGAAUUCUUCUUCCAUUAAUAAACCAGCUCAGUGAUCCUGAUUAUAUUAAUCAGUAUGUCAUAUGGAUGAUUCGUGAUUCCAACUGUAACUAUGAGGCCUUUAUGAAUAUUAUUAAAUUAAGUGAUAAUAUAGGCGAAUUGGAAGCUGUGAAAGAUAAAGCAAGUGAAGAAUUGCAAUAUCUUCGAUCUCUAGAUACAGCAGGAGAUGAUAUCAACACUAUAAAAAAUCAAAUAAACAGUUUAUUAUAUGUUAUUAAAGUAUGUGAUUCAAGAAUUCAGAGGUUGCAGUCAGGAAAAGAAAUAGAUACUGUGAAACUGGCAGCAAACUUUGGAAAACUUUGCACAGUCCCUUUGGACCAUAUUCUGGUAGACAAUGUUGCACUACAGUUUUUUAUGGAUUACAUGCAGCAAACUGGUGGCCAAGCACAUCUGUUUUUCUGGAUGACAGUGGAAGGAUACAGGGUUACAGCUCAGCAACAACUGGAGGUACUUCAAAGUCGGCAGAAAGAUGGAAAGCAUCAGACUAAUCAGACCAAGGGUCUAUUAAGAGCAGCUGCAUUUGGAGUUUAUGAGCAAUAUUUAUCAGAAAAGGCAUCUCCAAGAGUUAAUAUUGAUGACAACUUAGUAGCAAAACUUGCAGAAACACUGAACCAUGAGGAUCCAACACCUGAAAUCUUUGAUGACAUUCAGAGAAAGGUGUACGAGUUGAUGCUGCGAGAUGAGAGGUUCUACCCUUCGUUCAAGCAGAAUGUGUUGUACGUGCGUAUGUUAGCUGAGCUGGACAUGCUGAAGGAUCCUAGUUUCAGAGGAUCAGAUGAUGGUGAAGGAGAAUCUUUUAAUGGGUCUCCUACUAGCAGCAUAAAUCUGUCCUUAGAUGACCUUUCAAAUGUCCCCACUGAUGAGACUGUUCAGCUCCAUGCAUACAUCUCAGAUACUGUCUAUGCUGACUCUGACCCAUAUGCUGUGGCAGGAGUGUGCAAUGACCACGGCAAGACGUACGCCCUGUACGCCAUCACCGUCCACCGGCGAAACGCAAACAACGAGGAGAUGUGGAAGACAUACCGGCGCUACAGCGACUUCCACGACUUCCACAUGAGGAUCACUGAGCAGUUUGAAAACCUUGCAAAUAUACUAAAACUUCCUGGCAAAAAAACAUUUAACAACAUGGACAGAGAGUUUUUGGAAAAGAGGAAAAAAGACUUAAAUGCUUAUUUGCAGCUCUUGUUAAAUCCUGAAAUGAUGAAAGCUUCUCCAGCUUUAGCCCAUUAUGUGUAUGACUUCCUGGAGAAUAAAGCCUACAGCAAAGGGAAGGGAGAUUUUGCACGGAAGAUGGACACAUUUGUAAAUCCACUGCGUAACUCUAUGAGAAAUGUAUCAAAUGCAGUCAAGUCUAUCCCUGACAGCCUGGCAGAGGGAAUGACUAAAAUGUCAGACAACAUGGGUAAAAUGUCAGAGAGAUUGGGACAAGACAUAAAGCAAUCAUUUUUCAAGGUGCCACCUCUGAUGCAGAAAACCUAUUCAGAUCCUGACCAUUGCCGUGUUGCAGCACCAAUCGAUGACAACGUGGAUGACAAUAUUCCGCUGAGAGUAAUGCUUCUGCUUAUGGAUGAAGUCUUUGAUUUAAAGGAGAGAAAUCAGUGGUUAAGAAGAAAUAUAAAAAAUCUACUUCAGCAACUUAUUAGAGCAACAUAUGGUGACACAAUUAAUAGAAAAAUAGUUGAUCACGUUGAUUGGAUGACAUCUCCCGAGCAAGUAGCAGAUGCAGUGAAACGCUUCAGAGACGCUUUUUGGCCCAAUGGCAUUUUAGCAGAAACUGUUCCACGAAGGGACAAAGCUAUUAGAAUGAGAACAAGAGUGGCAGGGAAAACCAAAUUGCUGGAGGUAAUGCCAGAUGAACUGAAGCACAUCAUAGGCGCUGAGACUACACGGAAGGGCAUUCUUCGGGUCUUCGAAAUGUUCCAGCAUAGUCAGCUGAAUAAGAGAAUGGUGUAUGUGUUUCUGGAGAGAUUCCUAGAAACCUUAUUUCCACAAAAUAAGUUCCCUGAGCUGUUCCACAAACUGCAUUCAAGGUCAAAGCAAAUGCAGAGAUAUAAGCAGAGACUACACUCUACUCAAGCGCCUUCUUUACAGAAAAGGUGACACUUCAAAUCCAUUAAGCUGGUGUUUGUUUGUCCAGGAUUAAUUACUUGGGCAGAUUCUCUGGGGCUUCAAACUCACAUGCCAUCAUUUCUGCACCAGUCUUCUAGUGUCACAUAUUAGAUUAUUAAUGCAUCUGUAAGACCUGUGGAUCUUCUCAUCUUCACUUGUAGUUCAACCACGACCAGAAUGGUUUGUGUGUCUUAAAUGAUUUGGUGCGUCUUCAUGCAACAUUGGGAAGAAAACUGGCCCAGUAUAUCAGAAUGCUGAUCCCUUCCGUUCCUGAGUCGAUGUUUUGCCAGCAAUGCAAAGUGCCAGACUGUUCAAGUAAAGCACAACUAUGGUGAUACAAUUGAAGAAAAGGGUGUUUUGGCAUUGGGAGAUGGUGCAAUGUGUGAGAGUCAGGUGGAAUUGUUCGGCGUUACAAGUGUUGAGGCUCUGUAGGGCUAUCUUAACAUUCCUGUAAAGGCUGAAUUAACCAGGAAAGCAGUCUGUGGAAUAACAGGUUGGUAGGAGCAGGGAGAAUAGCUAUAGCCCCAUCGUAAAAGUACAUUUAUUGAAAAAAAGUGGAGGUAAGUGGCUUUUAUGCCACAUUUGCAUCACCUUUCAUAUUUUGAAAAUUAAACUAACCUUAUACCUAAUGGGAGUUUUAGUAAAAGCAGAGGUGCAGUAGAAACAAACCCUUUAUUCUGAUUAUUCUGUAGCAUUUAAAGGCCAUAUGCUGCUCUUACAGCACCUGGCAUACAUUUUGCAUGUAACUUCAGUGGAGAAGGAGCAUCAUAUUUAUGUUCAAUUGGUCUAUUGGAACAUAAGUCCAAGUUGGUAGUUGUAGAAGGAAAGGA